UGGUAAAAGUGACGUAACAAAUUAUUUUUCUUAAGCUUCUGAUACCAUGUCUAGUUCUGUAUAUUAUUGAAGAUAAUUGUCUAUUCACAAUGGGAAUUACAAAAGUGUAUUGUAUACAUAAAGGAGAUUACAAGAAAGAAAAUAUAAAUUAGCCUAAAAGGAAGAGUAAACUGGCUGUUUAAUAGCACAACAUUCUGGCAAUAGAUUUGAUAAGAGCAUGCCUAUGAGCCUAUUCUUUUUUAGGAUUAUGGAAUGGCUGGUAAUGGAUUGGUUAAACAUCUCAAGGGUGACCUUUUAUUCCUUGAUUCAUCGCCUUUUUCCAAGCUCUUGAACCAGUGUGCUCGCUCGAGGUCAGCUCGAGACACCAGUCGUGUACAUGCUUGUAUAAUUAAAUCACCUUUUGCGUCCGAAACUUUUAUCCAAAAUAGGCUCAUUGAUGUAUAUGGGAAAUGUGGAUGUGUGGAUGUUGCUCGCAAGUUGUUUGAUAGAAUGCUUGAGAGAAAUAUUUUCUCUUGGAACUCUAUCAUUUGUGCAUUCACUAAGUCCGGAUUUCUUGAUGAUGCUGUCCACAUCUUUGAGAAGAUGCCUCAAGUUGACCAAUGCUCGUGGAACUCUAUGAUUUCAGGUUUUGAACAACAUGGUCGCUUCGAUGAAGCUUUAGUUUAUUUUGCUCAAAUGCAUGGCCAUGGUUUUCUUGUGAAUGAAUAUUCAUUCGGUAGUGCUCUCAGUGCUUGUGCAGGUUUACAAGAUUUGAAAUUAGGUUCCCAAAUCCACAGUUUAGUAUAUAGGUCAAACUAUUUAUCAGAUGUGUAUAUGGGCUCUGCGCUAGUAGAUAUGUACUCUAAAUGUGGAAGAGUUGAAUAUGCUCAAAGUGUUUUUGAUGAAAUGACUGUGAGAAGUAGAGUUUCUUGGAAUAGCUUGAUUACCUGUUAUGAACAGAAUGGUCCAGUUGAUGAGGCUCUUAAGAUUUUUGUUGAGAUGAUCAAAUGUGGGGUUGAACCUGACGAGGUAACACUUGCAAGUGUUGUUAGUGCAUGUGCAACUAUCUCGGCAAUCAAAGAAGGUCAGCAGAUUCAUGCUCGAGUUGUAAAGUGUGAUGAAUUUAGAAAUGAUCUUAUUUUAGGAAAUGCGUUGCUUGAUAUGUAUGCUAAAUGUAAUAGGAUUAACGAGGCUAGAAUAAUUUUUGAUAUGAUGCCAAUUAGGAGUGUGGUGUCUGAGACCUCAAUGGUAAGUGGGUAUGCAAAGGCAUCCAAAGUUAAAGUUGCAAGAUAUAUGUUCUCAAAUAUGAUGGUGAAAGAUGUAAUUACUUGGAAUGCGCUUAUUGCAGGGUGUACUCAGAAUGGAGAGAAUGAAGAGGCACUUAUACUCUUUCGUUUGUUGAAAAGAGAGUCUGUUUGGCCUACACACUACACAUUUGGCAAUCUCCUCAAUGCUUGUGCAAACCUUGCUGAUUUGCAGCUUGGCCGACAGGCUCACUCUCAUGUUUUAAAGCAUGGAUUUCGAUUCCAAUAUGGAGAAGAUUCAGAUGUUUUUGUUGGCAAUUCUCUAAUAGAUAUGUAUAUGAAAUGUGGAUCAGUUGAGAAUGGUUGUAGGGUGUUUCAACAUAUGUUGGAAAAGGAUUGUGUGUCAUGGAAUGCUAUGAUAGUUGGAUAUGCACAAAAUGGUUUUGGCAAUAAGGCUCUUGAAGUUUUCUGUAAAAUGUUAGAAUCAGGAGAGGCACCAGAUCAUGUAACAAUGAUUGGUGUUCUUUGCGCUUGUAGUCAUGCCGGACUACUUGACGAAGGUCGCUAUUACUUUCGGUCAAUGACUGCACAACAUGGUUUGAUGCCAUUAAAAGACCAUUAUACAUGUAUGGUUGAUUUACUGGGCCGAGCUGGGUACCUUGAAGAAGCAAAUCUAAUAGAGGAAAUGUCAAUGCAGCCUGAUGCUAUCGUCUGGGGAUCAUUGCUUGCUGCUUGUAAAGUUCAUCGGAACAUCCAAUUGGGGGAAUAUGUAGUGAAGAAGCUUUUAGAGGUAGAUCCUGAGAACUCUGGGCCAUAUGUUCUUCUUUCGAAUAUGUAUGCUGAAAAUAGAGAUUGGAAGAAUGUUGUGAGGGUAAGAAAGCUGAUGAGACAGAGAGGAGUGGUUAAACAACCAGGUUGCAGUUGGAUUGAAAUUCAAGGUGAGUUGAAUGUUUUUAUGGUUAAAGAUAAAAGGCAUGCGAGGAAGAAAGAAAUCUACAUGGUUUUGAGAACAAUUCUACAACAAAUGAAACAAGCAGGAUAUGUCCCAUAUGUUGGCAGUAAUGAGUUUGAUGAAGAUGAAGAACAAUAGAAAGAAGACGACAUACUUCCAUCGUACCAAAUUGAAAUGCUAGAUGCAGGUGGCGACUAGGUUGUUCUAACUAAUUUAAAUAUGGAUAGUCUUGUGCAAAUGGAACCAAAGAAGUGGUUGGAAAUGGCUUGGCAAAAAAGAAGCUGGAGAAGGUGGAUUCUUAAAUGGUUUGUUAAAUGGCCAAAAGUUGUUAAAAUUCAGAGGAAGAAGGGGAUUCUUAAACAGUAGUUGAAGAUUCCACCAUCUUUGAAUCAGUUCACUAAGACCUUCGACAAAAAUCUUGUGACUAACCUGUUCAAGAUGCUUUUGAAAUAUAGGGCGGAGGACAAAUCACAGAAAAGGUAGAAGUGGAGUUCAGCAGGAAUCUGGAAGUCAUUUAAGGCCAAUUUCAACAAGUACGAUGAGAACAAGAAGAAGUGGGGAAUUGGAAAUCAUGGGCUCGAAGUCUUAGGCUAAAAAACGCAAAGGAGAAGCUGCUGAAAGAUUGUGUUAGGGAUCAUUUAGUGAACUAAUCUAAAUAAUCAGUUUGAGGAUUUUUCUUUUUUUGACCUAUCUAAGUAAGAAUAAAUUUUAAGGAUAUUGAGGGAAGUAGGGAAAAGUUCAGUCAAUGAGUUUUAUUCUUCUUUGAAAUUGAUCCAAUGCUAAAGGCAAACCAUGUUCAUGAUCAUUUUUUUUUUUUUUUUUUGCUAACAUUCAAUGUAAGAAGACAUGGAUUCCUCUAACUCUGAUCAAUAUAGUGUUAGUCUAGAUUGUUAAAUUC